UUACAAAAUUGACACAACUUAUGACGCUUUUCAUUACUUCUUAUAACUCUUGUGGCAGCGUCUUCGUUGUUAAUAUUUGCCGAUGAAUCAUACAGUGAGUUCCGAUGACUUUUGGUGACUCAUUCAGUACCAAACGUUGAAAUCCAGAUCGACAUCCUAGCAUAGCUGGAGCACCAUCUGUGCAAACACCACAAACCUUUUCCCAAGAGAUCUUAUGCUCUUUCAGAAAUGAACCAACUGUGUCAAAUACAUCACAUGCAGUAGUUGUCAUUUCAAGAGGUUUGCAAAAAAGAAACUCAUCUUUAAAGUCGCCAUCAUUACUAUACCUCACAUAAACCAGUAACUGUGAACAGUUUGCAACGCCUGUAGACUCAUCAAGCUGGAUACUAAAUAUUGGAAGUGGAGCAGAUUUAAUUUCCUGGAUUACCUGAUCAAGAAUAUCAGCAGACAUGUCAUCUAUUCUUCUGCGGACAGUGUCGUUAGAUAAGGAAAUUGCACUCAAUUUCAUAACAAAUUCGUCUCCAAUCAUAACUCGAACACUGUCUUUGGCCGCUGGCAACAGUAAUGGUGUGAGGUUUCAUAGCUCUGGCGAUUCUGAGUGCCACCAAAUAUGAAGCUUCAACGGCUGCUACGUUUUGUUUGUGGUGCUUGCCACCAGGGUCAAGUCUGGCUUUCUUGAGUCCAUCAGCUUUGCUUCUAAAAUAGUUGGUAUCCUUGCCGGCAAAGCUCGGAUGCUUGCUAUCAAAACUGCGUUUUAGUUUGUUCGGCUCCAUAGAUUCGGCUGAUAGAACUUCACAACAAAUAACACAUUGCGGUUUUUCAAUUCCUGCUGUAAUUACUGAGGUCUUCUACGUCAAGAUGCCCUGGCCUGACAGCACCAUCCCUCGGCCCCCAGCACCUUGCUGUGCCUCUAAACCUGUCCCCAAGCCCUCCCUCUUGGAGUCUGUCUCCCAGGAGUUUGGCAACCUGACCCAUCUUUUGUACUGGCCUUCAAGCCCAGGAGAAGAAAAGGACCUAUUGGCCUCCACCAGCCCCCAGAACUCCACCUACUACCUGAGGGGUCCUGCGCAGGCCAGCUAUGCCCUGGGAGGCUACCUGGAGGCCAUCCUUGUGGCCAGAGACCAUAGGGGCAGGCCCAAGACCCACGGUGGGGAUCUGUUUCGGGCACAGCUGCUGGGUCCUGACUUGAAGGCAGGGGCCCCCGGGGAUGUCCAGGAUCUGGAGAACGGCACAUACCUGCUGUCCUUCCCCCUUCUUUGGGCUGGGCAGGCCCAGGUGCAAGUGCGGCUGAUCCAUUCCAGCGAGGCAGUUGGGGUUCUGCGAAGAAUCUGGAGAGAGAAAAGAGCCACUGUUGAUUUUAGAGGGUAUUUCCGGGGACCCACAGGCAUUGAAGAGACUGUGAUUUGCAAUGUUGACCCUCUGUCCAUUGGAACAAGAGGGCCUACCUGCCAGUACAGAAAUACGGAUUCGGGUGAAGUCUGGUUCUGUGCUCAGCCCUCUACACUGCCCUGCAACUCUUUAGUUGGGCACUCAAGUGGAAGUUACCUGAAUGUAACUACUCGACAUGAUGAGGCCCUGCUGGCAUGGCAAGUGACAGACAAGGUGCUCCCUCGGGGCAUUUCUCCAAUCCGAAUCAGAAGGGCAGCCCCAGGAAACAGCAGCCUGGCCCUCCCCUCUCGACCCCCGUGCAGUCCUGGGCUCCCUGCCGCCAAGCCCUCUGGCUUCUACCACGGGCAUGUGUGGCACUCGCUGUCCUGCGCCAGCCGCUCCUUUCCCACUGUUGACAGCAUCCUGGGCUGCCUGGCUGGCCACGUCGUCCACAUGAUAGGGGACUCCACGCUGCGGCAGUGGUGGGAGUAUCUGCGUGACACCGUGCCCUCCCUGAAGCCGGUGGAUCUACACGUCACGUAUCAGACAGGGCCCCUGAUGGCCGUAGAGACCACUCGGAACAUAGUGCUGCACUGGCGGGCCCACGGCUGGCCCCUGCGCUCCCUCCGCACACCAGUGGCCUCCCUGCACUCUGUGGUCCAGGAGCUGGGAGGCCUGGCUGGGGGCCCCCACACCGUGGUGGUGCUGGGGCUGGGCGCACACUUCACCACCUUCCCUCCAUCCGUCUUUGGGCAGCGACUGGCAGGGAUCCGGGCAGCUGUGGCUGCGCUGCUGGCCCGGGAGCCCCACACUCUGGUGGUCAUCAAACUGGCCAACACUGGCUACAAGUCCGUGUAUGGCAGUGACUGGUUCACCCUCCAGGUGAACCGGCUCCUCCGAGCUGCCUUUGCUGACCUCCGUGUGGCCUUUGUGGAUGCCUGGGAAAUGACCUCCAGCCUGGCCCUGCCUGACAGCAUCCACCCAGUGCGGCUCAUUGUCCAAAACGAGGUGGACUCCCUCCUUUCCUUCAUCUGUCCCACCUGAGCGCUGCUGUGGAUUCUGGGGCUUUGUGAAUGGAAGCCAUAGGAAUUGUGAAGAGGAUCAGAGCGACAAAGGGACUCCGAACUAACAAUGAUCCAGAGAAGAGGGGCUACCCCAAUGUUUAAUUACUGAUAGCCCUAGGAGACAAUCCUUGUGUACAUUAAUGAAAGAUUUUACAUAAAUGAAAUAUUUUACA